CCCCGGUGAAGGAUAGGCGCCAUAGUCACGGUAGUCCUGGCGACGAGAGCCAAGCAACCGGAGUCAACAACAACAAGCGAGCUCUAAGGGAAUAAACUUUAACGACUAUUAAGGACAAUACUGGGACAUAAAGAUCUAGUGCCUGAAUACACUGGUCGCCAUGGCAACUUGUGGAUACUCUGAGGACCUUCAGCCACAGCAGGCCAGUACAGUAACCAUGGCAACACCUGCUGUCACCACACCCUCAUCUGUCAAGACCGCACACUUCCUGUCCGAGGUCUCACCAGCCUCUGGAACAAUUUCAUCAGCGAACCAAGCAGCCGUGGCCUCUAAAACGGGACAGGAUGCACUUUGUUCUCAAGCGCCACCCACCCAGACCCAGAGCCAGAAGCCAGUGGUCCUAACAACUCCCACACAGUCUUACAAUAUGCAGCAAACUGCAGUUCAGAAGAGUAAUGGACAGACCUCGCCCCAGUAUAUCAUAGUAACGGUUUCAGAUGGCUCUGUUCACUCCAAUGACAGUCUGUCCGACUCCAGCCCACCGGCGCCCGGUGUUCCAACGCAGGUGGUCCAACCCGUGCAGACCACCCCACAGAGGUCAGUGUUGCAAGCAGUGUCGCAGGCAGCCAAGAGGAUUCAGACAGGCCACAUCAGCAACCUACAGUCUGUCCAUAUUAACCAGGAGGUGGAGCAUGUGUAUUCGGGUCAGGUGCAGUACGUGGACGGAGCAGGAGAUGCAAAUUUCACCACACCCACUAUCCGAUCGAGCAGCUACCCCUUCUCCGACUCGCCCCUCUUUUCUCAGACACCUCCCACGUCCUCCACCUUUUUUGAUGCCACGCCUAGUUCUGAGUCAGACAUCUCCAUAUCUGUGACCUCACAAGCAGUUUCCGUGGCAACGACUGGAGCAAAUAGUGGAGCUGCCGUGGCAGGUGGAGGGGGGUACGUCAUCCAGGGAAGCUAUGCAUUGGGAGGAGGAGGCGGAGCAGGUGGCGGAGGAGGAGGACAAAUCUACUCGAGCCCAAACUCUCGAGCCCCACCUGCUACUGUGCAGUGGUUGCUUGAAAACUAUGAGGGUGCUGAGGGUGUCAGUCUGCCUCGCUGCACCCUCUACUACCACUACCUCCUGCACUGCCAGGAGCAGAAACUUGAACCUGUUAAUGCUGCAUCCUUUGGUAAACUCAUCAGGGCUGUCUUCAUGGGGCUCCGCACACGCAGAUUAGGAACCAGAGGAAAUUCUAAGUACCACUACUAUGGACUGAGGAUCAAAUCUGGCUCUCCUCUACUCAGACUCAUGGAUGAACAACAGCACAUGGCGAUGAGGCAGCAGCCUUUCUCACAGAAAAACAGUAGGAUAAAGCCGCUUCAGAAGGCGCAGGGCGUUGCCAAUGGGACGUCAGGUGGGCCAGGUCAGCAGCAGGUAGCGGCUCUUGGUGAUAUUUCAGCCCAGGUUCAACAGUAUCAGCAGUUCCUGGAGGCAUCAAAGCUUUUGCCAAACUUUGUAGAAAUGGAUCUACAAGGUCAAACCCUGCCCUAUGGGAUCCUUUUAGAACACGUCAAGGCCUUUCAGAACCUGUACAGAGAACACUGUGAGGCUGUCCUGGAUGUGAUGGUCAACCUUCAGUUCACUCUUGUUGAGCCACUUUGGAAAUCCUUCUGGAGGUUCAGUCAGAGCAACGAUACAGAAUCAGUCAACCUACAUAACGAAUCAGAGAAACGUCUGCCCAAAUCCUGCCUGGUGGCUCUCUGCAAGUUUGAACCAGUUCUAUGCUGGACGAAGGAGUGUGACAACCUGCUCUACCAGACGCUGGUGGAAAUCCUCAUCCCUGACGUGCUCAGACCCAUCCCUAGUGCCUUAACUCAGGCCAUCCGCAACUUUGCCAAGAGUCUGGAGAAUUGGUUGACCGGUGCCAUGAUGAACAUCCCAGAGGAGAUGGUUCGCAUAAAGGUGGUGUGCGUAAGCUCUUUCUCCCAGACAUUGCGUCGCUACACCAGCCUGAACCAUCUGGCCCAGGCGGCCCGCGCCGUCCUCCAGAACCCAGCUCAGAUCAACCAAAUGCUCUCGGAUCUCAACCGUGUCGAUUUCACCAACGUACAGGAGCAGGCAUCCUGGGUGUGUCAGUGUGAGGACCGUGUGGUCCAACAGCUGGAGCAAGACUUCAAAGCUACUCUGCAGCAGCAGAACUCACUGGAACAGUGGGCUACGUGGCUGGAUGGUGUCGUCUCCCAGGUCCUAAAGCCGUACGAGCAGAACCCUACAGUCCUGCCCAAGGCUGCCAAAGUCUUUCUGCUCAACUGGUCCUUCUAUAGCUCCAUGGUGAUCCGGGACUUGACCUUACGCAGUGCUGCAAGUUUUGGCUCCUUCCACCUGAUCCGCUUGCUGUAUGACGAGUACAUGUACUACCUGAUCGAACACAGGGUGGCCAAAGCUAAAGGGGAGACACCGAUAGCAGUUAUGGGAGAAUUUGCCAGCAGUGUCAAGAGCAGAAACUCCCCAGACCUGGACAAAGAGGAAGAGGAGGAUGACGAGGAAGAAGAGAGCGAGGAGGAAAGCGGAGAGAUCAUGCUGCAGUCCAGCUCUCUGAGCAAGGUCGACGACGAGAAGGACGUGAUGGAACCGCCCGCCAAGCAGCCCAGGAUCAACUUAAAUCUGCACACUAUGGCCGAGAGCCACAGCCCGUCGCAGUAACAGAUGAUCAGGAUGACUAACGCGCUGCGCUUUAAAUUCAGCUUCUCGUCCUGAAACAAUCACGUCUCUCUGUUUGCUUCUAAUGGGUGUAAAUCAUGAGAGAAAGUGGAAGAGCCUUCACUUAUUUUUAUACUGUUUCUGCACUGCCGUUCCUUUUCUUUGCCUUCAUUUAGUCCUUCCCUGAUUCUCUGUGCCUUCUCCUUCUGUUCGGUGCCCACGCUCAUCCACACUAAAGUCAGAUCUCGAUUUUCCCUCUCACCCCGCCUUAAUCACCGACCUGACUGCUGUCGAGAAAUGAGCAGUCCCGUGUUCCUUAUCGCCCUCUUGAACUCAAACAACAACUCUGGUAUUGUCUUCAAUGACAUGACUGUGCAUGAGCAGAACAUCAAUGAUCGACAACAGUCAGAACAUGUAGGAGUAGCUUCAGGAAUUAUACCGCACCAGAGUUCUUGGCACAUGGGUGAUGACUGUGGAUGUUUUACUUUAAUUAUAAUUUGUUUUCAUUUUGGCCAACUAACUGAUAAUCUGUGCCUUUGAGUGAUUUAUAACCUGUAUUUACAAAUAUAUAUAUUCUGUCUGGGUGGAUUAAUAAUAUGAAUAUUAUGUGAAGUAAUUUUGGUG